CACUGCUUCCACGCCAACAUCACAGCAGAGGCAGUAUACAGCUGACUGUGGACGGGUUAAUACACAGUCUCGCAAAGUGGUGUGUUUGAUAUCAACUAUAAGUUUGGAAAAAAAAUCUCAGUUUGGUUUCUAGAACAUCAUGUGUCUCUCCGUAUGCUAUCACGAGUGACAUACGAGUGACUGAGUUGGCACCGCAGGAGGGAUUAACAGUGCCGGAGAUUGACACUCCCCAAGGAACGGUAAACGUGUAGAGGGUGCCAGGUGCCAGUGUCAGUGCCAGUGACCCUCCAGAACAACCAGAAAAGUAGAACUAGUGUCGCCACAGAACCUACAAGAUGAGUGCGAAUUCCUGGUACCGACGCUAUGUGUGGAACUACAAGGGAAACCGAGAGUAUACCAAGAGUGGUUACGAUUAUGCCAAGACCAGAUUCGUGGCAGAGGACCUGGAUGUUGAUUGCAGUGAUCGUCAUUAUGUCAUAACAGGUUCCAACAGUGGCAUUGGUUUCGAGAUCGCUCAAGAAGUGGCGCGUCGGGGCGGAGUUCUGCACAUGGUUUGCCGCAAUUUCGAGGCAGCCAAGAAAGCGCGCUCCGAUAUCAUUACCUCAACUGGUAAUGAUAAAAUCCACCUGCACACAGUGGACCUCAGUCGCCCCCGAGAGGUGCUGGCCUGGGCGAAGGAAUUCGCCGCUACCCACGACAGGCUUCACGUUCUUAUAAACAACGCCGGAUGCAUGAUCCACGAACGCCGUCUGGAUGAAGACGAGAUUGAAUAUAACUUCGCCGUUAAUACGCUGACUGUUCACAUAAUGGUCACGAUGCUGUUGCCGCUGUUGCAGAGGAGCGAAGAUGCGCGUGUUAUAAACGUCAGCUCAGCCGGUAUGUUGUGCGUGAAGUUGGAUCCUCAUGACCUCAUGCACGAGAGUAUGGAACCGUUCAAUGGAACACUUGUCUACUCCCAGAACAAGAGGCAGCAGGUGGUAAUGACGCUGUGGUAUGCGCAAAGGUACGAUAAGAUACAUUUCUCGAGCAUGCACCCUGGCUGGGCAGACACUGUGGCUGUGCGCACUUCCAUACCCCAGUUCUAUGAAAUGAUGAAGGACAACCUGCGGACGGCGGCGGAGGGCGCGGACACCGCCGUGUGGCUGGCCAUCUCCAAGGCCGCCCUCAAGCACCCCAGCGGCCUUUUCUUCCAGGACCGCGAGCCCGUGUCGGUGCAUCUCCCUCUGGCAUGGACCAAGUCUUCCAUUGAGGAUGAGAACCUCUUCAUGACCAAAGUGGAGGAACUCUUCCAGAAAAUCUCGACUCCAAAAACUGAGGAACCCGCGCAGAGUCAAGCGACCGUCGCGCCUGUUCAGGAAUCGGCGACUCCACCUGAAGUAAAACCUGAGGAGCCAGUUGAGGCACCCAAGGCGGAAGCACCGAAACCCGAAGAAUCAGUUGAGGAACCCAAGACAGCACCACCAGAAGCUGAAGAACCGGUAGAAGAACCCAAAACAGAAGCCCCAAAACCUGAAGAACUCAAGACCGAAGCGCCAAAACCUGAAGAACCGGUUGAAGAACCAGCAGCCCUUAAAACCGAAGAACCUCAGAGUGCGCCAGAACCAAAACCCGUAGAGCCAGUUGAGGAACCCAAGACGGAAGCACCAAAACCCGAAGAGCUAGUGGAGGAGCCCAAAAGUCCAGCAGCACUUAUAAAUGAAGAACCCCAGAUUGCGCCAGAACCGCAGAAGCAGGAAAAGGAAGAACUUGUAAACUUCGAGGAAACAGUAGGUUCAAAUGUUCAGACAGAAGCAGAAAGACCAGCUGUGACAACACCCCCAGCCAUGGUGACGUGUGAAGGUCCAGUUGUAUCAACCACUGUGACUGAGGACACCGUCGCGUCUACAGAUGAAAUCCUAUCUAAUUUGACCGACAAAUGUACUCUUGAAGACGUACCACCAGCUGCGGUAGAUGAAACCCCAGUAGAGCAAAGUCCAUCGGCUGAAGUGGAAGAAACCCCAGGAGCUGGGGUGGAGAAAACGCCAUCUCUCGAAGUGGAAGAAACCCCAGGGGCUGCCGUAGAGAAAACGCCAUCAGCUGAAAUGGAAGAAAUCUCGGGAGCUUCAGCAGAUACGAAACCGGCAGCUGAAGCAGAGAAAACAGCAGAAAUUACAGAUCAUCAGCAAUCCUUGGAAUAGAGCCACGGUACACCUAUGGAAAUUGUAACCGAAACACAUUCUUAACCUUAGGUUCUGAUAGGCAUGAUACAAUUACAAGUAUGAUUGUUGUUAAAGUAAGAUCCAGUAUAAUGGUACCAAUUGUUUAACUUAGUUAUAAUGCUUGAAUAUCAGUCUAGAUCGUGCCAUACAAAUAUCCUUAAAACUAAUAAAUUACUGUUGACUUAAUGAAGCAUUUGUAUCUUAUAAUAUAACUGAAAUAUACUGUAGUUAAAUAUUCUUAAUUAGAUCAUAAAACUAGACUGUAAACUGUCAUGCCCAUUUAUACCUUAGUAAAUAAGGAUAUAAAUUCUCAGGGGAAGUGUAAAACCAGUCAGUCUGCCAGCUUUAGUAUAUUCCUAUCACGAUUGGAUAGACAGCAUAUGCGUUUAUUUUGAAUUGGCUUAACCUCAGAAAAAAUAUUGCUGUAGAUGAUUGCAUAAAAAUAGUUAUUAUUCCCCAAAUUAUGACCAUGCUUCGCCAAUUUUAUAAUUGUCUUGAUGCCAAAGUGUCUUUAUUGCAGGUGAUUGCAAUGUAGUUAGAAGUAGGUAAUAAAGAAGUGCCUGUCCGUAUUGCAAAAAAUGCUAUAGAUGAAGUUUUAGAGCAUUAGGAUAGCAUAACCAUCAGUGUGUGUAUAUCUUCUGUCUAUAUAAACGUAUGUAAACCCUGCUAUAGUCAAGAUUUUAAGUUUAUUUAGCCAUUUCUUCAUUUAAGUAGGCGUUACUUUAUUUUUAGAAAACUGUCUGUGAUUGUGGGUUGUGCUUUUAUUAUUAUUAUUAUAUUUUGUUUCCGUAUUUGUCUUACAAAAUACUUGAGAAAGAUGUAGAAAACCGCUCUUGAUUUCUAUCAUAAAAAAAUAGAUCUUACACUUGGACCCAGGUAUCUCUAAAGUGUUUUGGAGCGUAUGUGAAUACCCACAAAGUCUGAGCACAACGCUGCAUAGAUAUACACAGGAAGGGUAUACGAGUAUGCGCAAACGUGUAUUUAACCUGAUAGAUUUGGCAACAACUUUCUGGCUUGUGUGUUUACCAAAGUUAAAACUCUUUGUCCUCUAACCGUUUCUUAUGCCAGGUGUUGUGCCAUUUAUAAUGUAUAUUUUAUUUUGCAUUUACUACCGAUUGCAUUGUAUUUCAUUAUGUAUGUUCUGAUGUAACUGUUAAUAAAAGUAUAAUUACA